CAGGCUCAGAAGCAGCAGCAGGUUCAGCAGCAGCAGCAGCAGCAGCAGCAGCAGCAGGCACUGAGGCAGAUGAUGUCCGACCCACAGGUGCUGAUGCAGAUGAUGGGGAACCCAGAUAUGAUGAGGCAAGUGGUCGCCAACAAUUCUCAGAUGCAGCAGCUCCUCGGACAAAACCCUGACGUGCCCCGCAUGUUGAGUGACCCUGAGUUCAUUAGACAGAUGCAGAAUCCUGUCAUGCUUUCGUUCCUGACCAACCCUAGAGCCAUGCAGGCCCUCAUACAGGUCCAGCAGGGCCUGCACACCUUACAGACGGAAGUCCCUGGAUUCUUCUCCAGUCCGUCUCUACGAGGACUCAUCGUUCCAACCACAGGGGCCAGUUUCCCUCCACUGAACCCACUGCUUCCUGCUGCAUCACCAGGAGUCCGUCCCUCGCAGCAACAGCAGAUGUUACAGAUGUUUGCAGACACGGCGCCAUUGCUUCAGGCUCCUCAGCUUCAGGCUCCUCAGUUUCAGGCUCUUCAGCUUCAGGCUCCUCAGCUUCAGGCUCCUCAGCUUCAGGCUCCUCAGUUUCAGGCUCCUCAGCUUCAGGCUCCUCAGUUUCAGGCUCCUCAACUUCAGGCUCUUCAGCUUCAGGCUCCUCAGCUUCAGGCUCCUCAGUUUCAGGCUCCUCAACUUCAGGCUCUUCAGCUUCAGGCUCCUCAGCUUCAGGCUCCUCAGUUUCAGGCUCCUCAGCUUCAGGCAGCGGAGGUUCGUUUUCAGCAUCAGCUGGAGCAGCUCCACACCAUGGGCUUCAUCAACCAGGAGGCAAACCUGCAAGCACUGGUGGAUGCAGGAGGGGAUGUAAACGCAGCCAUCGACAGACUAAUGAACUAACAUGCUCGGUUCACUGUGGGGUUGAGGGUUGAAGACCUGAGCCUUGAGGAUUUGAUUGAUUGAUCUCUUCAAUCCUCUAUUACACUCACGUCUGACCGGACACUAGUUGUAAUCAUUUUAGCAAAGAUUGCAAAUUAUCAGCGACAACUGGCAUGUAGCUGUCUUUACAGCAACACAGACACAGUUUGUCUCUUAUGGGUCAACGUCCUCACACUCAGCACAGAUAUCAGCACUUUGUACAGUCAAAUGAGAAGCUUUUAGAACUGAGAGGAAAAUAAACACAGCAUAAACACAGCUUGCCAUUAAGAGAUGUGUGAAAGUUCACUGUCCUUUUUAAUGUCAGACCCCAAAAAACACAACAUGAAACCUCUGGGUGCAUUCAUUCAUUCAUUCAUUCAUUCAUUCAUUCAUUCACAAUGUGCAUCACCAGUGCUUCAGUUAAAUACCUGGAAGCUUAAGUUCUGUCACACACCAAUAAACCAUUAGAACUCAAAUAACAACAUGUCACAGCGACACAAAUAUGAAUGACCUCAAAGCACUUAUUAUAUUAUAUAUAUAUAUAUAUAUAUAUAUAUAAUGUAAAUAAUAGAAUAUUGUAAAUAACUGCAUUUGGGUUUUUUCAUUUAUGAAUCAGGAGGUUGGAUGUUAUUUCCUUUCCGUUACAUCUCUGGUCAAGCACUUAACACAUGUUUUGUUUUUACUUCUCGAGCUUUCAUCUAAUCAGGUUACCAUGGCAACAGCCACUUUACACUUUAAACAGUUCACUGAGAAAAUAUCAUAAUAAUAAUAAAUUAUUUUACAUCUCUGGUUAUGUUACACUGUUGCCAAAUUAUUAAAGACAGGCAAACCCUCCUGAAUCAUCAUUUUAUCAUCUGAAUUAUUUGUCCUUAGGCCAUAACCUUCAUACACAAUCUUACAUUGACUUUUUUUAGUAAGGCAUCUUACAAACAAAUGACAUCAUAUGUUACAUAUGUUAUACUGUAUUUAAUGUAAAUUCAUGGUAUGUAAGUGUGAUUUUGCAGUAUUUUCUACCUCUUUUUGAAUAGAAUGUGUUGACAUUGUACUGACUGUGUGUAACUGGUUCCUCCACAGCAGGGAUUGUACUGUAUUAGCACACGUAACUGUAAAAAUCUCAUUAAAAUCAUAAGAAAUCA